UAGUAAAGUGAGCUCUGCUACCUGGCCCCGCCCUUUAUAACGCGUCUCCAUGGAAACCUACGGAAAGGUAAAUACACAAGUGAAGUCGCCCAGGCAUUGCUAUAUCCAGUCAGCUGUCUGUACAGGGGAGAAGGACAAGGCUGAGCUCUGCCAACAUGGGAGACGUGAGUGACAGCGGUGAGUGGGUGACGGAGGGAGGUGGUACCGCUCAGGACACAGAAUCUACCACAGAGCCUGGCACUAGUCAAGAGGGCGCCAGCGAGCAGGGUACCAGCCAGGAGAGUGCCAGAGAGCCGAGCACAAGCCAGGAGGGCACCAUAGAUACCAAUACCAGCCAAGACGGCACUAGAGAGCCAAGCACCGAGGGCACUGAGAAUCCAGAUAUCACCCAGGAGGGUGAAAGAGAACCCAGUAUAAGUCAGGAGGGUAUCAGAGGCCUGAAUACCAGCCAAGAGGGCACCAAAGAGCCAAGUACCAACCAGGAGGGCACUAAAGAGCCAAGUACCAGCCAGGAGGGCACUAAAGAGCCAAGUACCAGCCAGGAGGGCACUAAAGAGCCAAGUACCAGCCAGGAGGGCACUAAAGAGCCAAGUACCAGCCAGGAGGGCACUAAAGAGCCAAGUACCAGCCAGGAGGGCACUAAAGAGCCAAGUACCAGCCAGGAGGGCACUAAAGAGCCAAGUACCAACCAGGAGGGCACUAAAGAGCCAAGUACCAGCCAGGAGGGCACCAAAGAGCCAAGUACCAACCAGGAGGGCACUAAAGAGCCAAGUACCAGCCAGGAGGGCACUAAAGAGCCAAGUACCAGCCAGGAGGGCACUAAAGAGCCAAGUACCAGCCAGGAGGGCACUAAAGAGCCAAGUACCAGCCAGGAGGGCACUAAAGAGCCAAGUACCAGCCAGGAGGGCACUAAAGAGCCAAGUACCAGCCAGGAGGGCACUAAAGAGCCAAGUACCAGCCAGGAAGGCACCAAAGACAUUGAAGCUUCUGUCGGUGAGGAGAAUGCCAGAGAUCCUAGUACUGGGCACAUAGAGGGCACUGAAAAUGGGGAAGAACUGGUUGUCUCAUCCCAUGAUGACCUAUCAGAACCACAUAAUGAAACUGAAGAAUAUACCAUGAGCUUACAAGAAGAUGAGCAGGAGAUGACUGAAAAGACAGACCAGGCGCCCUCACCCAUACCAAAGGAAGAACCUGAGCCUCCUCCAGAAGAACAGGAAGAAGAUGAAGAGGAGACAGACGAGGACCAAGACCCUGAGCUGCAGGAGGAGGUUGAUCAGCAGAUUCGAGAAGAACUUCUCCAACAGUACCAUGCCGUGGUCCAGGAACGUGAUAAAAUCCAGCAGCAAAACUCUCAGCUCCAAAACAAGCUCUAUGAGUAUUUCCGCAAGAAGAAAGGAGAAGAGACCCGUCGUGAGACGACAAAGAAUGUGACUGAUCAGGAACAGCGCUACGUUAAGAACCUGAGCACCCUGGAGGAGAUGAGAAGAAAGUACAAGGAGGAAGAGGCAUUACACCAGCAGCAGAUAGAGGAGCUGCGAGUCCAGUGUCAGCACAAUGUCAGUAAGGUGGACAAGGAGUGGACAGCAUUCCAAGAACAGAAGAAGAAGAUCAUCUUAUCUAGCAGCAAUAAGCGAGGAGCCGGGAGGAAUGCUUCUUCUUCCCUCAUCCAAGAAAUAGAGUUAUUACAGUCCAAGGAAGAGCGUAAGGAGAAGGAAGUCAUCCAGGUCCGUCUGGAGAACAUCAAGCUGAAAAACCAGAUCAAUCGCUACGACUCAACCCUCCGAUCCAAGGAGGAGCUGGCUGAAGGUCUGCACCUCAUUGACUUUGAGCAACUGAAAAUCGAAAACCAGACGUACAAUGAGAAGAUUGAAGAGAGAAAUGAAGAACUGCAGAAACUGAGGAAGAAAAUCACCAACACAGUUCAAGUGCUCACUCACGUCAAGGAGAAGCUCCAGUAUGUCCAGGCCGAGAAUCAAGAACAAAAAGAGAACCUCAUGGAAAUUGAGGCUGUGGUAGGCAACAAAAGGGACAUAUUGACCAAGACCAAACAGGCUAGAGAUAGUCUGAGGAUGGACAACCUUAAACUCAAACAAAAAUCUGGCCUGCUGGGGAACGAGGUUCUUCUCAGAGACUUUGAGGACAAGGUAGAUGCCACUGAGGAACUCCGACAGACCCUUGAGCAUCUGAAGCGUCGUCACGCAGAUCUAACGCUGUCCAGUAAAGGGUUAAUGAAGAAAAUUGAUGAGACGAAGCUGGUUAUGGAGGGAUGACGUCUCCCCAACGACCAAUGUGCAGAAGUGACCUCUAGUUCAUGGAAAAAUAAUAAAAUAACUUAACCCCUUAA